UUUUCACGUGACGGGCAUAUCAACAACUCCCCGUAAUCCUAGAAAACCAGUCAAAACCAGUAACUUAUUACUUCCUUGACAGUAGAAAUGUCCUCGACGCACAGAAGGUAAAGGAAUCCCACAGCUUGUUAGGUCAGUCAUGGCUCCUGCUGCAGACAAAAAGCUGACAGGACUCGUUGCAGCCACAUUCACUCCGCUCACCCAGAAAGGGUGAGCAGCCAAUAGAAACCACUUCCUCUCUUUCUGUCUGUUUCUUCCAUAAAUCCUGCCCUGGCUGAUGAGUGUGUUGUGUAAUCAGUGGUGGAAAUGGCCAUAUUAUACAAGUGGAACCCUUCACGGAAUCUUUUCUCUCUCUAUGGGAGAGAUUUUAAUCAUGACCAUCAGAGCUACAUCAAAAAAUAUAUCUUGAUUACAUGAGACUUUACACUUAUGUUCUCCUACUAUUCUCUGCUCUUGUGCUCUCAUGCUGCCUCCCUCUCUGUAGAAGACAAAAUGACAGACAUUGAGAAACAGUAGUUGAUAGUGAUCAACCAGUGUUUCCCAUAGGAUUUUGAGAGACUAUGGGGGGUGGACUUAGACCCUGUGGGGUUUUGUACAUUUUAAAGAUAAAUCCAUCAAUCUGUCGAACUUUCACAGCAAUUUAGGAGGCUAGAUCUCUGAAGAACUUUAUGCUUUUGAAAACAAUUUCUGUGCUGUAGUAAAUCCUUUUAACAUAAACACAUCUAGGUUGUAUGCAUAUGAAUGAUGAUCACCUCCAUUAAUAUCCUUACAACCUAUGUGUUUGUGUAGACACUGACCCCCACCCAGAAAAUAAUAAAGCAAGAUAGACUUUGCCUGCAGGCAGCCUCCCUCCGCUGCUCUGUAACCAGAGGUUUGAGCAGAGCAGGUUCUCUCUCUGUGCGUGUGUGUGCUGCCGCCUUCUGCAGUGUGUCGACUGCUAGUGAGGCGAGCUGCCCUCGCCCCUCGCUCACACAGAGACACAGAGAGACAUCUCUCCUGCAUUGGGGAAUAGCGAAAUACAUAGACAAGUGUUUAAUGACUUUAUGUGCAAGGGUAAUACCGCACCGAAUUGUAGGCCCUGCUACCUGAAUCCAGUCUGAACCUAGUAAACUUAGUCAUCAACUCAACUUUACAAACUAGAGUAAGACACCACUGAAUUUUAAGGACUUCAUCUCACCUGCUUGUCGCCAGGUGGCCGUUGUAUCCCCCAAAAAAUAAUUAUUUAACUGAAAGGGAACGCCCCCCCCCCCCCCCCCCAUUUCCACCACUGUGUGUAAUUUUGCACAUUCAGUUCCCCUGUAAAAAGGUUAAUAGUGAGGAAUGAGUGUGGAGUUGUCUAAAAACGAGCCUCCAUACAUUCGGUUGGAUCUGGAGUACUACAGCAUGUUUGGUGUUCUUUUUGCCAAAUGUGUGGGCCUGUAUUUUGUACAUUUUCCCAAAACAGUGAAAUCAACCUAUCAGAGAUUGGACCUUAUAUUGACUACUUGAGAGAGAAGCAAGGUGUAAAUAGCAUAUUUGGUAAGUCAAAUGGAUUCCUGCUUAUUUUUCAUUGUUCCCACCUGAAUUUAUCUUGUUGACUUAUACACAUUGUUGAUGGGUUGCCCCUCUUUUAAAUGCAUUAACCCUUAUUUGUGGUAAGACAUAGAAAAAUGAAGUUGCAGUGUUGGGAAGUCGGUUUGGGUUGGAAAAACAAAAAGUUACUUCUGUUCUUUGGAAAUACGUCAAUGCACACACCCUUUAACCGCCCAGCAGCUAUUACAGUCAUUAGUCACAACAUAACUAUGAAUCGCUGAAAAAUCUUCCUUCACAGUCUUGUGAAGCAAUACCAUGCAUCAUGCGUUAUUGCCUCAUAUCAUGAAGCAAUUAUCAUUGAUCCCAAACUGGGAAAUUAUGUUGUCACAGCAGCAAGGUAUCAGGCACACAGCAAACCAUACAAAUAUAGAAAAUGUAAGAAAUAAAUAUUUUUUAAUUUUUUAUAAGAACCACAAAGCUCGCUCAUUGUGGGAUUUGUUGGGUUUUUCCUUGUAAUAUUGUAAUAUUGACCUAACUAUGUAAAGUGCCUUGACACAAUGUAUGUUGUGAUUUGACGCUAUACAAAUAAAAUUGAAUUGAAUUGAAAACUAUCAACCAAAACAAGUAACUAUCAAAAUAUUUGCGGAUGUCCUGUCAAUAAAUGUGAUGGAAAUUGGGGAUGGUAGUGAGAAACUCUUUGUUAAUUGAUAGCGGUUCACAGUACAUUGGAACCAAGGCCCCUGUUUGAUAAAUACAGCUCCAAAGCACCACGAGUGGUAAAAAACAAAAAACAAAACAGAGGGUACUCACAAAUACAAAUAUUUAAACUGGUUGCUCUGUUCCAAAAUAACAGCCGUCUGCCUUUUUGUCUACAUUAAUCAAAGCGAAUCGGUGUUUGUCCUGUGGGUCGAACAUGACUCUUGAUUAUUGUUCAAUUCAAACUCGAUGAACCACCCCAGUUUUUGCUAAAUUUCUCUGUUGUGCUGACACUACUUAUUCAUUCCUCCGUGCUGGAAGAUCUCUCUGUGUGGCCUCACACAGCAGAGGAUGUUUGUGUUACUCUUUGUUCUUCCUCAUAUCUAAUGUUCUUUCUUAUCUCACUGUCAUUGUCUGCGUCACUGCUAAUUGUUACCUUUGAAAUUGUUUUGUCCUUGUUAACAUUGCACACUCAGGCCUCCUGGUGGUGGAUCCCUCUAUGAAUGGGCCCCACCGGAGGUCUUGUCCAUAAAAAAUGGUGGUACCAGUGAAUGGCACCACCGGAGAGAGCAUGUCUCUCAGUGUUGGGGAGAGGAAGAUCCUGGCUGAGGAGUGGUGUCACAAAGCCAAGGCAAAAAUGGAUCAGGUGAUUGUGCAUGUUGGCUGCAUGAGUCUGAAAGAUUCCCAAGAACUGGCUUGCCACGCAGCACAGAUUGGGGCUGAUGGGAUAGCAGUCAUUGCCCCCUUUUUCCUCAAAUCUACCUCUGCAGAUGCAUUGAGGACAUUCCUCCGUGAAGUGACUUCCGUUGCUCCAACUGUGCCUUUCUAUUAUUAUCAUAUUCCAGCUGUCACCGGUAUUAAUGUUCCAGUGAGGGAUGUGUUGGAAGGUAUUGAGGAACUGAUUCCCUCCUUCAGUGGAGUGAAGUUCAGCGGCAGUGACCUGAUGGACCUCGGCCAGUGUGUGAGCUACUGUCAGCCUCACUGGUCAGUCCUCUACGGUGUGGACGAGCAACUGCUAGCAGCUCUGGCUAUGGGAGCCCACGGAGCAGUUGGCAGCACAUAUAACUAUUUGGGAUGUCGUGCCAAUGACCUGAUAUCAGCAUUCGAGAAAGGUGACCUUGUCCAAGCCAGGAAAAUACAGUUCAAGGUGCAAGAGCUUCUUUCUUUUGCCACAAAACUUGGCUUUGAUCUUGGAGUGAACAAGCAGCUGAUGAAUGAGUUGUCAGGCCUGUGUCUGGGGCCUCCUCGACUUCCCCUGAUGCCGUGUCCUCAUGGUCGAGCUUUGUCCAUUGCACAGAAAUUUCACAGCCUCUUUCCGGAGUGCUGAUUUGUUCAUACUGGAUUGAUUGACCCUGAAAAUUCCCCCAAUCACCCGACCAUUUAGAGCUCACUUAAUUCCAGUUUCUGUAUCUUGUUGUCUACUUAUUUGAAAUUAUGAAUCAGACGCCUGCACUUGGCUACAAACCUUUCCGUUUAAUAGGAUAGGAAUAAACCACUUUUCCAGGUAAAUGGUAAAUUUGUAUUUAAGUGCACAGUCAAAAAACUAUUGAGGCUUAGAUUUAUAAAGUCAAUCCAUAUGAAGUUUACAACAAUUUAACAUUUUCAGCUUAGAAAUGUAGCAAUAAAACAACAUACAUGUGAGUUAUGUCUUCACAAGGGUAUUUUCUCUUGGUUGAAUAUACUACAACAUUAUGGGCAUUAACCAUUGACAUGUUUUUCAAGACUUAAGAUUUCCCUUUGAUUUGGAAUAUUAUUUCAUGUUAAAAAAUACUUUAAACACAACAUUUAUCGUUUAUCAUUUAAUAAUAUGUGAACAAGAGCUCACAUCUAUUGUCCAUUGGAAAUUUAGGGAACUGUCAGAACAUUUGCAGUAUUAUUAUACUGUACUGUGUAAAACCAUCACUGAAUCUCAUUUUGAGAGUUUGAGCACACUCCUUUUGUAAAAGAGUCCAACUUUUAAUUGGAUUGUUUUUCUGCCUUGAAAAUCAGUUAUGGAAAAACCUGACAUUGAGCUGAUCCCAUCAGAGGGAGGAUGAUAGAGUAAAACUAAACAUUUUUUAUAUUUUAAUUGUCUGACACUCAAAAAGGGUCUGGAUUAGCAAUAUAGUAGUUACAAAGGAGCAUAAAACACAUUAUAUUCAACCGUUGUUUAUUUGUUAUGAAUUUUAUACUCUCUAAAGGGAAAUAUGUUUCAUGAAGAUUAUUUGUUUGUAUUAUAAUAAAGAAUGAAUUACCUCAAUGCACUGAAUGCAUUUGUUGGUUCACAUUGAUUCGUGGCUCAUUCUGAAUGAGACCGGAAAUAUUUUAAAAUCAUAAGGCCAGAAAAUCUCCAAGACCUGCACAAACAUGCAGUGUUGAGUCUGUCUGUCACGUGGGUGUGUUGGUGUCUUCUUUUCUUUCUUUCUUUUUCUUAAAAUACUGUACAUGAUAUUCAACUGUUGUGUUUGGCCUCAGUUAAACAGACAUACUCUAUUCUUCGCUUGUGAUCAUUUAUAUUAACUGUUAAUAAAAUUGCUCCUCUGUU